UACAAAUGAGUCCCUUCUUUUAUUCGAAUUUGUUCCACCUGGUCCAUAAUUUCCAAUAUCUGUACUGCCGCUCGCACAGUCGAAUCAUCCCCAAAAUCGUGACUAGGGUUAGGAGAGUGAUGCAGCCGGAGCUCAACCUUCCGCCACCACCGAGCACAGGGCCGGACCGCCCAUCCCAUCCUCCAGCGCGACCUACGGAGAUGUUCCAGAUGCAUGUGCCCGUCGACCACACGGCCACAUCUCUGGUUCUGUACCGCCCGCCGGAACUUGUCGCAUCCUCGGUGGCUCCAUUCCCGAAUGGAGACGGAAUAUGCAGAAGCGCCGCUCCAAUGUGCGAUUCAUCCGGGAGUGCCACAAAUCUUGUUGUAGCUGGGCCUUCUUUGUCUAUCAUGGAGCCAUUGGAAUCCAUUGUUCCGAGCUUAGGGUCAACAACGGCAACGGCGCUUGAAGACGACGCCAACAGUUUUUCCACGGGUGCAAUGUUGUCCAGAUCAUAUGACGGAGAUAGCUACAGCACACCCACGAGAGAAAACACCCUCCCAUUUUGUGGAACAACGUAUGAGCCUGCAUGCAAUGAUGAAUUGCAGCCUAAAGUUGGCAUGGAAUUUGAUAGCUGGGAAAACGGAGAGUCGUUCUACACACGGUAUGCUCAUGAGGUUGGUUUUUCAGUACGCACAGGGACACAACACUUAGGGAAGGGUGGUGUAGCGCUAUGGAAGCGGUUUGUCUGUGCAAAGCAAGGAUGGAGAAAAACAAAAGAGCUCAACAAUGAGGCUGUGAAGAAACGGAAAAGAAAUGUGAAGAUAAGUAGGUGUGGUUGUGAGGCUAUGAUAGGUUUGAAGAGAAGAAAUGACGGUAAGUAUGUGGUCGCCCGUUUGGUCCUACAACACACACAUCAGCUCGUGUCGCCAAAUAAGCGUCAGUUCCUAAGAUCAAAUAGAGAAGUAAAUAGCGAACUCAGGAGCAAAUUAUUCACAUGCCAUAAAGCAUUGCUUGGCACUUCUGCAACAUACCGGAUGCUUACUGUAGAAAGAGGGCCUGGACAGAUUGGCUGCUUGAAGCGUGAUUUACAGAAUUACUACCGUGAUUUCAAGGAAAUAAUUAAAGAUUCAGAUGCACAAACUAUUAUUGGUGCUAUGAAAUCCAAGCAAAGUAUCAAUCCAUCAUUCUUCUUUGAUUACAAACUGGAUGAAGAGAACAAGCUAACACAUAUUUUCUGGGCUGAUGGUACCUCUCGGAAGAAUUAUGCACUAUUUGGGCAGGUUGUCUCCUUUGAUUCCACAUAUCGGACCAACCAAUAUGACAUGGUUUUUGCCCCGUUCACUGGAGUCAAUCACCAUGAUUCUUCGGUUACUUUCGGUGCUGCAUUCCUUGCAAAUGAAACAUUUGAGUCGUAUGAAUGGUUAUUCUCAACUUUUCUAGCGGCCAUGGGAGGAGUUGCGCCUAAACUAAUCAUAACAGAUGAGGACGCCAGCAUGAAAGAAGCGGUUCCAGCUGUAUUUCCAAGCACUAGACACCGAUUUUGUAUGUGGCACAUUCUUAACAAACUGCCCGAAAAAGUUGGGCGUGUUCUAAUGCAGGAUGAGGAUUUUCUAAAGAGGUUUGGAAUAUGUGUAUGGGCUUCGGAGACUCCAAACGAGUUCGAGGAAAAGUGGAAUUCAAUAAUAUCGGAUUAUGGACUUGGAAACAAUGGAUGGUUGGCUAGCAAGUUUGGCAUUCGGCAACGAUGGAUACCUGCAUACUUUCGUGACGUACCACUUGGUGGGAUAUUGAGGACUACAUCGAGAUCUGAGAGUGAGAACGCAUUCUUUGGCCACUUCCUAAACCGGCGACUCUCUUUACUUGAGUUCUGGAUAAGAUAUGAGACUGCUAUGGAUGAACAACGACAAAAAGAAUUGGAGAAUGACAAUAUCUCCCUUCAUACACAACCAGUUUUAAGCACAAACUGGGGCAUGGAGAGUCAUGGUAGGGAUGUUUACACCCAUUCCAUUUUUAAACUAUUCCAAACAGAGGUGCUUGCUGCUAGGGACAAGUGUGAUCUACAGAAAAUGGAGCAAGUUGGCGAGCUUAAGAAAACAUGUUUAAGUGGAAGCGGUAGGCCAAGAGAAGUGAUUUACAACACCCGUACCAAGAUUGCACAAUGCUCUUGCAAGAUGUUUGAAUCAGUGGGUAUUCCUUGUUCUCACAUAAUUAUUGUUCUAAAGUGGGAGAAAUGCCUAGAAAUUCCUAGUCAUUAUGUUCUUGAUAGAUGGACAAAAACCGCUACACAGAAGGUAGUAUAUGAUGGUAAUGGCAAUGUCUUACAAGGAUCAUGUACAUCCCUUCCGUCAUCCAUGAAGUUGUUAUAUUCCGAUACAUGCUCUAAGUUCAACAUGGGCAUGAUUGCUGCUAAACAAUGUGAGGAGAAGAUGAAGUAUUUCAAGAAGGCUAUUUUUGAGGUGGUUGACCACGUCCUAAAUAUGGGAACAACCAAAGAGCACAAUAAAGUUGAAGAGUUCGAGUCAUUUGUUGGAUCGACAUUCCCAACCGACAUUAGUAUUCAUCCACCUGACAUAGCACACACAAAAGGGAAUGGUCACCGAUUUAGGAAGGCUUCAGAGAUAGCAGCCACUGGAAAAAAUAAAAAGAGGGCGCAAAGCAGUAAGAAGGAUAAACAGGAUUAGAUGCUAACAGUUGCAUUGCGUUUGUUUUGUGCAACGUGGUAUGCAAUCUUUGGUCAUA